AAUGAAAUUAGGGCAGGCAGAUCUUAUCAGAACAUUUUUUCACUUGCUACAUUUGCUCGUUUCUCUCUCCUCUCUGUUUCACUCUCUCACCAAAUCCCCCUCUAUUCUCUCUCGUUCGACGGUACGUUGCAGCUUGCUUUCCUUAAUUCUUUUGUCUUUUUCAUUGCUCAAGUUUCAAAAUUGCUUGCUCUCUCACUCUCCCGCACAAAAUGUUCGAGUUUACGUUUGGAUUGUGAACUAACAAUGUAAAAUUUUCUGUGUGUACUUUUUUGGUUUGCGUGUUGCUAUUACUAUUAGCACUUCAUUUAUUUGAUUUCCUUCUAUAAACAUUUUCAUUUUACGGUGGUUGUAUGGUGGUUGGGAGCACCAUUGUUUUUUUUCUUCACAAUCUUAUACUGGUUUUUCUCAUGGCAUUUGGUUAAUGAAAUGCAAAAGGGAAAAUGUUUGUGAUUGAAUCCUUCAAUUUGAGUGAUCAAGUCAAGGGUUUGGAAAGAUGCCGUUUAGGCUCUGUUUCAUUAAUCAGACAGUUUUGUCGUACUUCUAUUUUGGAUGAGGUAUUUGCAGAGAACUAUCUAGAAGAGGAUAUUUUAUACUCUAUUGAUGAUACACAAGAAUGAGGUGGCAUUCGGUAUUUUUUGGAACUAGAAAUGAUCAGGAAGAAAGCAUGGAAAAAUUUAGUUUCAAGUAAUUAUAGUGAAGGCCAGAAAUGCAUCUCCCACACACUGAGAGAAGGUAGUAGAAGAGAGCUCAGACAAGAUAUUUUAGACUAAGGGCUUGUGAAUGUAGCACCGAGAAUGUGUGGAAAGGCUAAGACUACAUAGGUUUAGAUUUACAAUAACUUUAUCCAAAUUGGGAAAUUACCAAAGAGAACGAUUGUAAAGUUAUAUUGGUGUGUAAAUGUGUUCUAUAUGUUUGGAUUCUAAUUAGGUUAUCCUUGCAUUCUUCAAAGGUAAAAUCAAGUGGUUUUACGCCCAUAAAUUGGUUUAGCCUUAUUAGUUCUACAUUCUUGUUAGUUAAAAAAUGUGGAAUUGCGGUGCAAUUUGUUAUAAUAUUUGGUAAAGGCGAGAAAGAGAGAGAAGGAGAGGAGAAAAUAACAUUUAUAUGGUACGAUUCUUAUUGUCAUCUUUUGUUACAUUUACGUACUUAUCCUCUAAUUAUGAGAUCUUUAGUCUUUCUCUUGAGUUAAAAGAACAUUAUAUGGGAGCAAUAACAAGGACACAUUACAUAUAGCUUGGAACGUUGGAGCUUUAACUUUAAAGAGUUACAUUUUUAUGUAUGUUAGCAUGUUUAUCUUUAGUGUCUAUUUUCAUGUAUGCAGUUUUUUAAUUAAAGGUUUUCCAUUAUGAAUGAUCCAUAUCAAUGUGAUUUAUAUUAUAGUAAAUCUGGGAAUGUAUCUGUUCUGACACUCUACGGAUUUCUAUUCCUGAAUGGAGAAGAAAUGUGUGUCCUCAAAAUGCGGUGAAACUGUAAAAGAAUCCCAAUACAUCCUGAAUUUGUAAUCUAGUUGUUUCCAUCUCAAACCUUAUUUAUAUAUUUGAGUCUCAUGGAUUAACUGCAGUAGUUUUGAGUUCAUUAAGCUAAAAUAUGGCGCUGUGUCUUUAAUCAAACGAUUUUAGUUUUCUCGCAGCUCUUGCACUUGAUUUGUGUUCCUUGGAGAUUAUAGUUAAGUGGAAGUUCAAAUGAUUCCAACUGGGUAUUUGACUCUCAAAUUACAAUCUUUGUGUUAAGAUGAUGCAUCUAGUGUUCACUCUGAUGAAACCUGCUUGUAUUUCCUAUUAUGAUUAAGCUGCCUACUUAUUUCUUUGGUACUGGAAAUUUGUGAAAGAAAUUAAUUUUAAAGAAUGUGCUCCAAGUCCUUGGGCUGUUGAACAGAAUCCAGGCGCUUUCCGAUCUACAGUCCCUUGGAGCGAAAGGUUAGUUACGGUGUUGAAUUAGAGGAAUGCUAAAGCUACUUCUCCUGUGGAUACUCUUCUCUUACAGUAUCCAACUUUUUUGGACUACCCAGGCUUAUAGCCAGGGGACUAACAAAGCAUGCCGUCUGAGACUGCAAGAGAAGUUAUACCCACUAUCGAUUUAUUAGUCGCUGAAUCCAAAAAAGACAUGAGGAAUUUGCAUGACUCAGUGCAUCCAAGAGGUAGGUCAAAUGAGGAAACAUGCCACUCAGCAGAUGAGGAGCAAGUGCAUUCAUGUGAUCGGGUGGGAACGUCAAGUGAAAUGAAGAAGAAUAACUUGAAUAAUACAAGAUAUUUUGUUAUCAAGAGCUUGAAUCAUCAAAAUAUUCAAAUGUCAAUAAAGAAGGGAAUUUGGGCCACUCAAGUAAUGAAUGAGCCCAUUCUUGAAGAAGCCUUUCAAAAUUCUGGCAAGGUAAUUCUUAUAUUUAGUGUCAACAUGAGUGGGUUCUUCCAAGGAUAUGCUCAAAUGAUGUCUUCCGUUGGUUGGAGAAGGGAUAACAUUUGGAGUCAAGGAAGUGGGAAAAAUAAUCCUUGGGGCCGUAGUUUUAAAGUCAAAUGGCUGCGCUUACAUGACUUACCUUUUCAGAGAACACUCCAUCUGAAAAAUCCCUGGAAUGAGUUCAAACCCGUCAAAAUUAGUAGAGACUGUCAGGAGUUGCCUGGGGAUAUAGGUGCAGCUCUUUGUGAGCUUCUUGAUGAGGGGGAUGAUAUGGAUACUAACUUGUUUAGGGAUGAAAUCUCUGGCGAUGGUUUUUCUGGAAGAAGACCUUACAUAGAGCCAUUCCAGUCAGUACAAGAUGAGGAUUUUAACGUGCCUCCAAAUCCAAUGCAUAUGUCUCCUCUACUUUAUUCAUCCUUACUUUAUCACCAUCAAGCAGAAGCAAGUAGAUUUCAGUUGCCACCCCAGAGAGCUGAUGUAAUACUGAAUAAUAUUUCAAAAGUUCCCGAGUCAUCAAAAGUAAAACUGUCAAGACAUGGUCAAAUAAGUGGAAGCUCAGCUAACAAGAUCAAUAGUUCUUCUAGAAUUGAUAGUUGGGGCUUGUCAGCAGAAAGGAGCACGGACAUUGGCAAUUUGACUGAAGACGAUAUACUGGAAAUGACAUAUGAAGAAUACCUUGAAGCUCAUACUCAAGCAACCAGAAGAUUACACCUUACUGCUGCGGGGCGGUCCACGAGCUUGCAGAAGUCAUCAUCCAGUAAAGAACGAUCUGAUGAUUCGCAAUCGGCCAACAGCUCAAAGAAGAGGAGUUACCGCCAAUCACUUGAAUGAGUGCUUCAUGGCUUCAAUUGUUUUGUUUAACAUGUUGUACUGUAAAUGAGCUGCAGUUGUUUCGUCUUUCCGCGAAGCGGGUCGUGUUUUGAACCUCGUUAAUUGCUAUAAUUUUGAGUCGUGGGACUUGAAUUGAUGUGUAAUUCUUGUUGUAUUCUUAGUGAAUGAUCAAUGAACUUGUAUAUAGAGACGUGUACUAUUUACUGCGUUAACUAGUUUUUUUUCAUUGCAAAAGUCACCCACUUUGUAUAUGUAUUUUCUUGAUCUUUGAGAAACUUUGAUCUGACCAUGUUUUCUGCA